UCUUAGUUGUUGUUGUGCGUUUCAUCACGUUGGAGUUCGAUUUUGUGCAUCUCAUUCACUGAAAGGUCUAGAGAAGAUUGUAGAGGUUAUCAUGAAACUGCAACCAGAGGGUACUAAAAGAGUAGCUGAUUCGACUGCACAAGCUUCCUUCCAGGCAGCCAUGCAAGCACCGGUGUCUUCUGUGGACCCAUCUCUGAUGGCACCAUAAUCUUUCACGUCAAAAACACUAGGAGCAAAGCUGUAGCUCACAAGCUGAAGUACCUGAAGAGCCGUUGCAACUUCUUCCUGAAUUGGGCGUACCAUAGCCACCAUGCUGUUAAUGACCAAAACCACAAAGAUCUUAUGGGUUUCCCCAAAUCAUCAAUUUAAAAGUAAAGAAUAUCUUGUUCGCCAUAAAAAUGUCAUACUUCGAUUCAAACUGCCUUCAAGAUCUUCACAACUUCUAUCUCCAAGCUUCGAUACUAAUUCAUGUACAAGAGUUCCAGCUACUUUAUCAUUGAGUUCAACCUCUAGUCAUCAAGUUGCAGACUACAAUGCUGAUAUAUGCAGAUUCUGUGCAGUGGGUAAUCUUCAAAAGGCCGUGGAUUUGAUUUGUAGGUCUGAAGAAAUCGUUCUUGAUUUAAAGACUUAUUGUGACAUCCUGCAGCUUUGUGCCGAGUUAAAGGCUCUGCAUCAUGGCAAGACAGUUCAUAAUAUGAUAUGUUCGAGGGGUAUUGAGGUUGAUUCUGUUCUUGGUUCAAAGCUUGUGUUUAUGUAUGUGAGUUGUGGGGAUGUGAGAGAAGGGCGGAGGAUUUUCGAUAACAUUGUGAAAGAGAAUGUUUUUCUUUGGAACUUUAUGAUGAAUGCGUAUGCGAAGAUGGGUGAUUAUGAGGAGAGUGUAUGUUUGUUCAAAAUAAUGCAGGAAGUGGGUGUUGAACCUGAUUCUUAUACAUUUUCAUGUAUAUUUAAGUGCUCUGGAGCGCUUGGGAAUGAUAAUUUAGGGGACAGGAUCCAUGGCUAUGUUUUAAAGUUGGGAUUUGGAUCUGAUAAAACUGUUGUCAAUUCCAUGAUCGCUUUGUACUUUAAGCGUAGAAGUGUUGAUGAUGCACGCAAACUGUUUGCUGAUUUGCCUGACCGAGAUGUAAUUACUUGGAACACUAUGAUAAGCGGAUAUGUGACUAAUGGUCUUGCUUACAAAGGUUUUGAGGUUUUCAAAGAGAUGAUUGAUUCUGGGAUUGGUGUGGAUUUGGCUACAAUGGUUAGUGUUGUUGUAGCCUGUGCAAAUAUGGGUGUCGUUUCUUUGGGCAGAGCGGUUCACGCUUAUGCAGUGAAAGGUGAAUUUGAUAAGAAAAUGAAGUUUAGCAACACCUUGCUUGACAUGUAUUCAAAAUGUGGCGAUACAAAUGCUGCACUUCGAGUAUUUAAGAACAUGGAUGAAAGAAGUGUUGUUUCGUGGACUUCAAUGAUUGCUGGAUAUGCAAGAGAAAAUCAAUCAGAUGAGGCAAUUGAGUUGUUUCUUGACAUGAAAAAGGAAGGCGUUAAACCAGAUACUUUUACUGUCACGACUGUCCUGCACGCUUGUGCGUCAAAUGGCUCAUUAGAAAAAGGCAAGAAAGUGCACAAUUACAUCAGAGAAAGUAAUAUGCAAUCUCUACCGGUUUCUAAUGCUCUCAUGGACAUGUAUGCUAAAUGUGGAAGCAUGGAUGAUUCAUAUUCUAUUUUCUCUGAGAUGACUUCUAAAGACAUCGUCUCAUGGAACACAAUGAUCGGAGGUUACUCAAAGAACUGUCUCCCAAACGAAGCACUUGAUUUGCUUAUUGAAAUGCAACGUGAAAUCAAACCUGACAACGUAACAAUGACUUGUAUCCUUCCCGCCUGUGCAAGCCUAGCCGCUUUAAACAAAGGUAGGGAGAUCCACGGCCACGUUUUGAGAAAAGGCUUGUCUUCGGAUCAAUAUGUCGUGAAUGCACUUGCUGACAUGUAUGUUAAGUGUGGUGGGUUAGUUCAAGCAAAAUCACUGUUUGAUAUGACCAUUAUCAAGAAUCUAGUCACCUGGACGAUCAUGAUUGCUGGGUAUUGCAUUCAUGGAUUUGGACAGGAAGCUGUAUCGAUCUUUAAAAGAAUGCGUGAAGAAGGUAUUGAUCCUAAUGCAGCUUCUUUUACUUCUAUGCUCUUUGCCUGUAGUCACUCAGGGCUGCUCCAUGAAGGUCGGAAAUUCUACAAGAUCAUGGUGAAUGAUUGUAAGAUUGAACCCAAGUUAGAACAUUAUGCUUGUAUGGUAGAUCUUCUUUCUCGAGCAGGAAAAUUAUCAGAAGCAUACGAGUUUAUCAAAAUGAUGCCAAUUAGACCUGACACCACGAUUUGGGGUGCAUUGCUUUGUGGUUGCAGAUUCCACCAUGAUGUGAAACUAGCAGAAAAAGUUGCAGAUAGAAUUUUCGAAUUAGAACCAGAAAACACAAGCUACUAUGUACUCCUGGCUAACAUAUACGCAGAGGCAGAGAAAUGGGAGGAAGUGAAAGCAUUAAGAGAUAGGAUUGGUCGACGGAGCUUAAGAAAGAACAUGGAGUGUAGUUGGAUAGAGACUAAGGGAAAAGUUAACAUAUUUGUUGCAGGAGAUGGAGAGAAUCCAGAGGGUAAAAGGAUUGAAUCUUUGUUAGACGAGUUGAGGAUGGAAAUGAAGAAAGAUGGGUUCGCACCUAAUUUAAAAUGCGCAUUGGUUGAGAAAGUUGAUAUGGAGAAAGAAUCUGCGGUUUGUGGGCACAGCGUGAAGUUAGCGAUUGGUUUUGGAAUACUGAAGUUACCACCUGGUAAGACGAUACGGGUGGCCAAGAAUCUGAGAGUAUGCAGUGAUUGUCAUGAGAUGGCCAAAUACAUCUCCAAGAAUGUUGGGAGGCAGAUUUUGUUGAGAGAUUCAAAAAGAUUUCACCAUUUUAAGGAUGGGUUUUGUUCUUGCAGAGGUUACUGGUGACGCAAGAGUCAAAUACCACAAAAGGCUGCCAGUGGCAGCGCAGAUCUACAAAUCCAAACUGUAGCUUUGUUCUUCAACAAUCAAUGGCUAUGUGUUUUCUAUCGUUCAAUCCACAUAAUGGGUGGGUUUUGGCUACAUCUUCAGAUGCCGCCGUUUGUCUGUGUUGAGUCGUCACACGUAUGCAUCUUGAUAUUGGCUUUCUUUGAGGUUUGAUAGAAGAAACUGAAGAUGGGCCUGCUGUUCUCUCAAGGUGGCUGAAGACAAUGCUCUGCAGGUCUUUGGUAGCGACAUUAUG